AUGUCAUCCUCAGCCCGGGGCUCCCUCGGGGGGAUUCUCUGCAAGAAAACGAACGAAGCAGUCCUUGGUUCUCGUCGGGGGCUCUGUGAAGAUGCUUGUCCAUAUCCUAAAGAGGUCCAAGCAGACCCAAAGCACGUCAGCAUCGUGAGCAGUGUCCUAUUGCCCUCCAACCCAAACUGUAUUUAUUUUCGCAUGUACACUAAAAUGCUGCAGAAGAGCUGGUUUCAAAGAGGUCCUUCGGUGGUACCUCCUUUCAGUGAGAACCAUGCAGCUAAUGUAAGACAUUUGACAGAGAGAAGUCAGGAAGAUACAAGAACUGACUCCUCCUUUCUUUCCACUGCCUGUCGCUUCAACACCGCUCACAAGAGCCUCUCAGGGAUAAGAACCCAAGGGAGUCAGCCCUGCCUGCGCUGCUUGCAGGCUGACCCCACUGAACGCCUGUCGCCGCGCCUGGGCUUGCCGGGGACAGAGUCGGUGGACUCUAGUGGGCACCGCGACACUCCUACCACCCCUGUGGUGGGAGAGAAUAAAGUAAAAGACAAAAACCAAGGAGCCUUAGUACAUAAAAGCAAUUACCAGCACCACACUCCUGGGGCUGCCAUUUUCUGGUUUUCUUGGACAAAGCAGGGGCUCGCCUGGAGCGUCAGCCCUUCCACCUCCUCCCCUUUUUCUCCCUGCGGUGCUGCUUCUUCCCUGGCUGGCUGUCCUGUCCGCACCGUUCCUCUCCUGCUUCACCGCUUCCCCGAGGUAGCAGGUGGCGGCGACAUCCCCGUAACCCGCUAUUUCCCCGCUGGGAAAGCCGCGGCCUGCGCCGGGCCCGCCGCCGCCGCUGCGGUGUUCCCGGCGCUGCCCGGAGCCGGCCCGCAGCAGCCAGGCCUCAGCAGCCAGGCCUCAGCAGCCGGCCCUCAGCAGCCAGGCCUCAGCAGCCGGCCCUCAGCAGCCGGCCCUCAGCAGCCAGGCCUCAGCAGCCGGCCGUCAGGAGCCCUCGGCAGCCGGCCCUCGGCAGCCGGCCGUCAGGAGCCCUCGGCAGCCGGCCGUCAGGAGCCCUCGGCAGCCGGCCGUCAGGAGCCCUCAGCAGCCGGCCGUCAGGAGCCCUCGGCAGCCGGCCCUCAGGAGCCAGCCCGUGUUGGCGAGCGCCCGGGCCAGGCCGCUGCCGCUGCCGCCGCUCGGGAGCCGCGCCCAGCGGGUCGCCAAGAGCCGCUCGCUGCUCGCACGGUCCAUCUGCCCAACAGACACCUAAGGGCGCCCCGAGGUGCAGCGCAUGAAGCUAAUUUACCAAAUUCUGUGACAGGCUACCCCAGAGAUCCUUUCAACCUGAAGUUAAAACCACAGCAUUUAAACAUGGAUCCUGAACUUGAACCACUGAAAGGAAAGCAAAAGGACUCUGACAGGAGAUUUCUUACAUACAAGCCUCAUGAAAGCAGUAGGAUCUGCUACUGCCAAAGAGUCCUGGCCACCUGUAUCUGCUUUAUUACCAGUUAGUCAAAUUAAAAGACAACUUCUUGCUUUUCUCUGUAUCAAGUAUUUUGAAAUAAUAACAACAAUAAUAAUAACAACAAUAAUAGUUUAUUAAUUUCAGAAUGUUUUGAAUCACCCAGUCUUGAGAGGAUAUCUGGCAUAUCCUAAGGGAAAUGUCACUGUACUGGAGAUCUAGAGACAUGGACCAUUCAUUUCCUUUAGCUUUUCAAGAGUGUGAUUCUUUCUCUAGCUCUUUUUUGAGAGCUUUGAUGGAGUUGGAAAGACAGACUGUUGUAGAACAUUUUCUUAUUUCAGCCUUUAGCAGAAAAUCACACACUACUGCAUGUGGUAAUUCAUUUUUAGGAAUCAAGAUGUCCAUAUUAGACUGUUCAAAGACACAGACUAUUUCACAAUGAGCAGAGGCUGGCUGGAUGUUUUAUAUGGUUUAUAUAUGCACACCAAACUAUUAAAUGUGGAGGUCUCCAAACUCAAAUGUCUUUGCUUAUAAAACAGCUCCCACUGACAUUACUGAAGAUAAAGAUUAAAUAAUAUAGAGCAUUAGCAUUAAACAAAUAGAGCAUUGAGGGGAAAAUAACAUAUAUAUGGCUGUAAAUACCAGCAGGUAUUAUUAUGGAGCAGAAACACACUAAAUGCCCUUUGGUAUAUUAGCGAGUAUUUAACCUCUUUCUCUUAGGCCCCAAUUUCUGAAAUAGCAUGGAAAUCAAUAUCAUUGUAUCUUUCUACUUAACAAAUUCCCCUCUAAUUCCCCUCACUAUUGCUACAAAAUACUUACCAACACUUCUAAAUCACUAAUUCUUUUCCCUAACCAGCUCCUGAAUUAUCUAGAGAUUAAAGAAAGGGCACAGCCCGUCAAGCUCCUGGUAACUACAGAUGCUGAGGUGCCAUCAUGAGCUUACUUUGGAGACUGCCUGUCCUCUGCACCCAGGAGCUGGGGAUCAGCAGACUGUGCCAAAAUAAACCCUCAUACAUUCCCUCUUCCCUCAAUAGACACAUCUGCUUUGCUCUGGACUCUGAUUACUCAGAAUGGACUGCUGAAAGCUCCACACACUCAGGUAGUUUCAAUUCCUUUUCUAAGCAGUGUGUGUGGAUGUUGAGUGCAACAGGGGAAAGCACUUUUUAGUCAUAGUCUGCACUGCUGAGGGCUUUGGAGAUGUAUCCAGAGCCAUAUUUGGACACAAAUCUCUAGACUUAAACUGUGUGUAAACUGCAUGGUAAAUGCAUGCCAGGAAGUGAUUUAGCAUAGAAAAUCGCACAUUGAAUCAUUUUUGCCUUUUCCAAAGACAGUGAGCUAUAUACCACUGUGGAAAGCUAGGGACACUAGUAAGAAUCCUUUAUGUGAGGAUCUUCUGUCUCUGUGUGCACUGUUGUGGAGGUUGGCAUUUCUCUAGGAUUUCCCAGAUGCAGCACUUGAAAAUAAAAAUUCUGCAAGAUGUUGACAAUAAAAAAGUACAUAUAUGUUGUUCAAGAGAGCUUCCUGUCUAUUGCAACAAAUCUCCAGACAUUGCUUCAAAUUUGCAGUUCCCCAAAUUUCAGUUUGGGAAGGAUAAAUUCUGCUUGUAAAUUACUCAUUUCCUGAAUGCCACGCAAACCCAGCCCAGCAAAAGGUGAUUUCUCUGUGUGUGGCAAAUGAAAGGCUUGGCACAAAUUAAAUGUUAGGAGUUCUUGUUAGAGUUUGGUAGACAUAAUUAUAAGAUAAUAGCAUUGUAUCUAUACUAAUCAUGGAUUAUGAUAAAGGUUUAGCUGGACCUCCUCAUAGUAAUAGGAGUGACAGUAUCAUCAAGUGACACACGUGGAAGUCCUUCACAGGAAUGAUACUGACUUGGUCUUUUGACAGAUAGAGAAAAGGAGGCACAGAGUGGGUAAAUUAAUUGCCCCAAAAGCCUGAGGGAAGAGUCAAUUUCAGACAAACUCUUGCAAGUCAAUUUGAUCUCCUGUAACACGUGAAGGCAUUUCUACUGCUCCUGAGGAAAAGAGGAAUGAACUCGUGUUUAACUUUUGUGCAUGACACAUCUUUAAAAAUGUGGGUGUCUUCAUUAUGACCAACAAGCUGGAGGUAGCCCCUUGUGCUAGUAUGCAGUGGAGAGUGAGACACAUGGACAUGUUACAGACCCUCAUUUCCUGGCUUAGGCAACUUUACUCUUUCACUUAGAAGAGUCAGGAAAAACACACAGAUCUGCUCUGCAGUGAGGACAGUGCAAUUGCUGGAGACCUUGAGGCACAAAGGUUAUUAAGGAAACAAAGGUGCCUACAGUAAAUCUAUGCAUAGAUAAUCCUCUUUACUCCCAAAUAUACAAUAAGAAAUAUCAUAAGAAUACAAACGGUGAGUUUUUAAAAAAUGCUGACUUGUUUUGUUUACCUGCUUUGUUUAUGCUAAAGACCUUUACCAUAUGUGAUAUAUGUAAGUAAGAAAAACCCAACUAUUCCUGUUAAGAACACUGUGAAGAAGUAUAAAGUUUUCUUCCAACAGCACAUCCUUGCAAUCAAGCAGUUUUAAGAGCAUUACUGCUACUGGCAGGGCAGAUAUCUUGCUUCCAAAUUCCUACAGGGGUGUGACACUCAGCUUUAGCUGUUGUGAAAGGCAGCAGCAGUGCUGUUAUCCAGCUGUGCAGACAGAAGCCCCCAUUACCCACCCAGGCUUACCAAUACAAUGCAGUGGCUUGAUCUGAAAAUGCUGCUGCUGCUGCUUUACAACGUGAGGAUUGAGAGGCUCUCCAGAGAGCAGUUCUUCUUGCACUGCAGUGUUGGCUUGCUACAUGGCAGCCGCAUCCAGCAGAGGCCAGCAGGAGUGCAGUGUCACUGGCAUUCUGCUGUGUCUCUGCAUCAUUGCCCAUUGCACGGUUUCAUAGGUACACAUGGGAGAAGUGCAGCACCUGAGCAGAGUGCUCUGACCACUCUUCAUGUUUGCCUCAGUUUAGCAUCAACCUGUGCCCCUGUUACACACUCAAAUUCAGAAUCCAAAGGGGCCCGAGGCUGCCCUGCAGAGAUGUUUGCUAUUCAGGCUGAUCUCCAUCUCCUCUGACUCACUUUGCAAAGCUCUUAAACUUCAGAGGAAGCGGAGUGUGGUUUUUGUAUCAAGGGCUGGCUAAAGUGAUGUUCUCAUGCCUCAGCAGUUAGGGGUAAAGUCAAAAUCUCUUCAUUCUUUUUCCUUUUGCAUGCUCAUUGUGGGGGUGAAAAUGCACUGUAAAUGCUGCUUACAGCUAUAUCAGCCUUUGGGCACACAGUCAGCUUCAAUAUGAACACCUCUUAGUCCAGUAUAGGAGUAAUGUACAGUAGCCAUUACCAAAAAUGUCACUGAUCUAAAAUCUGCUCCAGUCAGUCUGUAUUCUUCCAUUAACUUCAGUGUACUUUGAAGCAGGCUUAAUGGAGGGGAAUUCUUUUGUUUUAGGCAGCACUAUGAGAUUGUUCCUUUAGAAACUGCUUUAUGAAAACCUCUACAGCUUACACAGAUGCAGAGAGAAUGUGGAUACUUUCUGAAAUCCUAAAAGGAAGAGGCAGGCUUACAGCUUAAUUGUAAAUACUGUGAUUUCGUAGCUGACCAGAAGGAGCAAGUGUUGCACAAAAGUUCAGCUCUGUCACCCAUACAUACUGACUCUAUAAAGACAAAUCAGGAGAUUCUGUAAGUUAUUAAUUCUAGUAUUUUGCAUAUAAAACUUACCCUAUACAUCUUUAUCAGAAAACAAACUUUAUAAUAAAACAAAUUUCACGGUCUCUGCUCAGGACAUCCUCUGCCAUCCCCCACAUACUUCAAAUUCAGUGUUAUAUCUAAAACUGGUUUACUUUAGGUUGGAUUUAGCCAUGUCCACUGUGGUUUAUGGAACUCAUGAAUGAUUACCAUGCAGGUUAAGUCAGUGUUUGAAUUACACACAGGACUUUAAGAAAAGACUGGAUAUGGCACUUAUGGCCAUGGUCUAGUUUACAAGGUGGUGCUAGGUCAUAGAUUGGACUUCAUGAUCUCUUAAGUUCUUUUCCAGCCUGGUUGAUUUCAUGGUCCUGUGAUUCCUAAUUCUAAUCUAAGACCUGUCAAUACUUCUAUAACUUUGAUUACAUUCUUUGCCAUGAAUUUAUGCCCAAGUUCAAGUAAAAGACACAUUUCUAUAUCCUUCCUCCAUGACAAACCCAUACAUUUGAAAAUGUUAGCACACACCCCCAGAGUAUUCAGGUGGUCAUCAAAUUUUAAGUACUGUUGAAAGUGUUAAUAUCUUUGUUAAAGUGAGCCUUUGAAAUACCGAAUUUUAUGCCUUUCCUCUGGAAGAAAAUCAUAAAAAGACAUGAAGCAAUCAACUUACCAAUGUACUAAAAAUCUAUCAUAUAAAGAAUUAUGUAUUAAAAUGUUUCUGAGACCUGAUUUACAAAAGAUGGUAAAAAUAGCAGGUUGGCUUGCAAUAAAAAAAAAAAAUCUUGUAUUGACCGCAAUUAAAAUUAAUAUACUGGAAAAAACAGAAAAAAAUAAUUUUCUGCUGGGUACUUCUCUGCUCCAUUGAAUAUUGCUUUGAGUACUGCAUUAUACCUUAUCAUGUUGUGCUGAUAGCAGUGGAGUAAUUUUGUUACCUUAAUAACACAACUGCAGUUAGCUAACACUGCACUAUUUAGUUCAUAUAAAGAAGAAAAAUAAUAAUUUGUUUUAAAUAAGGGACUGUCUUUAAUAAGGCACCAACUGCAUCUCAAAAGACACAUAGAGACCUGUGCAAUGCUAAACAAACGUGUGAAGCCAAAUGAAAAAUAUUGUGGGAUUCCUCCUUUCACUUAGAUGAGAAGAAAACCCUCUUUUCCUUUGACACCAACCACUAUAACAGCUCAGGGAGUGCUGGGACUGUUCUGGCUGAAUUUUGUACACACCAUGGUGCAGGACAACAAGCAGGGAUGAGCUUGGAAAAGACAAAGGAGCUGUGGAGUCAUGAGGAGAGGGCUUUGGAAGAGGCAGUCGGAUGUGCAUAGCUGAAAGGUACGUGUGGCUGCAGGCUGCCUGUACAUGGUUCUUUUCAUAAUGAGUCAGUUUAGUUUUAGUACCCUGGGAUUUGCUCAAAUUACAAACCAACAGACAGCAUGUGAAACAAAGAAACUCUAUUCUGCAACUGUUUAAAACAUCAAGCUUUAUAACCUUGAAGUGCUACUUUUCCUCCACAGAGGCCUUUUCUUAGCUGGCAAAAGCAAAUCAAGGAAGUGUCUGUCAUGCAGCUUGUACCAAAAUUAUGCUUUGGAAAAUAAAUUUAUCUGUAAUA